UUUUGUGACGGUAGCGGGGGCAGCGCGGUGUUACCCACCCUGAUUCACAAGCAGGGAAGCACACGAGUGACAGUGUUGAAGAGGUGGACUGUGCUUGGGCAAUUGGUAGUUUAGGUCGUGGAAUGAGCGACACUAUGGCUGAGCAUACUCCGCACAUUCUCAGCAUUCAGAGCCAUGUGGUCUCCGGCUACGUGGGGAACCGAGCGGCCACCUUCCCACUGCAGGUUCUGGGCUGCAACGUCGACGUGGUCUGCAGCGUCCAGUUUAGUAACCACACUGGCUUUGGGCAAUGGUCAGGCACUCGCCUUUCUGCAGAGGAGCUCCUUGAUUUGUACCAGGGUCUCGUCAAGAACAGCCUUAACGAUUAUGACGCCGUGUUGACGGGCUACGUGGGCUCAGCUGAGUUUCUACGGGCACUGGUGUCGAUUGUGCGGGAUAUCAAGAAGAUAAACCCGGCGGCACGUUAUCUGUGUGAUCCCGUUCUUGGAGACCGGGGCAAGCUCUAUGUGCCUCAAACAUUGGUUGAUGUGUACAAAACAGAAGUGGUACCAGUGGCUGAUGUUCUGACCCCAAAUCAGUUUGAGCUGGAGCUGCUCUCCGACUGUACCAUCCAAAGCCCGGAGGACGCUCUAUCCGCCAUCGAUAAGCUUCACGAGCAAGGCGUGCCCACUGUGAUCCUUACCAGUCUUGAUGGCGAUGAUGGAUUUAUCCACAUCAUCGGUAGCGACCGAAAGAGCGGGGAGCGCUUUCGUUGCAAGGUGCCCAAAAUUGACUUUUACUUUACGGGCACGGGUGAUCUUUUUGCAGCGCUCAUCUUGGCUUGGAGUGAAACGCAAAAGAUGAGCGAGGCGGUGCGACUGGCCACCGCCACACUGCAAGCAGUGUGCCGGCGCACUUUUGAGGGCUGCACCUCCACCUCACCUAGUGUGCGCGAGCGAGAACUUCGCUUGAUUGAGAGCAAGCGCGAUAUUGAGACACCUCAAGCCGACACGGUGGAACUCACCCUGUUCUAA